UUACAGGGCUGGGUUGCUGUCUGUUAUUCAGCACCGCGGACAGCGCCCGGGCUUCUCGCGCGCUUUCAUGAUCUUCACCUGCGGAAUCACAACAGCGCGCGACCAAUUAAACCCAAGUGAACCCUUCUCGCUGCACGCGACGGGAAGCACAGUGGGAGGGGUCACGCGCAUCCUCUGGGGAAAGAAGAAAAUUAAAUCAGAAAAAAACAAACAAACCCUGAGCUGCUCAGAACUGACGUGAAUCGUGACACUCGAAACAGAAACACAGACGGGAGGAGCGACGCCAACCGGUCAGAGCCGAUCAGAUGGAGACGUUCAAACGCGGAGCUCCGAGCGUGAAAAUGUGAGCAGCUCGUGAGGCGUGAGGAUAACUAAAGCCAUUUUUAUUUAUUUAUUUAUUUAUUUAUUUUCUUCUCCUUUUUCUCUCUCUUUCCCUUGGACACUCGCCGAGGCGCUCAGCUCAAAGUCCGGGCAUCGGGAGCUUGUGGAUGUGCGCAACAGAGGAUGAGUGGCACCGGGGGUGCCGAACGCGCAAUCCUCGUCCGUCCCGUUUCUUUCCCGAACCUGGAAAGUACUUUCCUCUUCAAUUCCAGCCUGAGCACGUCCUGAAACCCAACACCGAGGAAGCUUGUCAGAGCGGAACCUGUUGUUCAGUUCGGGGUUUUUUCCCUCUCUCUCCUCCUCCUCUUUUACAAAAAAGUAUCUGGUUAAAAAAAAAUCGCAAUAAGCUAAUUUGUACGUUUAAUCGUUAUUUUAUUUUUGUUUGUUUCCACUCCAUGAAAAUCUACAUUUUCACAUUUUCUCCCACUUGCUGCUCUCUCCUCCACUCCGAGAGCGACUCGCGUCGUAUGGGAGAGUCAGCACUUUUGGGACGAGGUUGCUCCCUGGAAGCGGGGAAGAUUUGCGGAUUUCAUGCAGAGUAAACUAAGUCCCCCCCUCAGCAGCAGGGAGAAUGGUUAGGGGGAACAGGUUGCGUUCAGGGUACAGAAAAACAACUUAAAGCCAGGAGGGAAAAUGCCCAUUUUUAAGACACUUUUAUUGAGAUCGCAGACAAAGUAGGCUAAGCGAGGAAACACGGAAAAAACAGAAAGAAAUAGAAACAAAUUUCAGCGCUGCUUUCUUUAAUUUCUUUUUUUUUUUUUUUUAGUUGGACACGUUUUUAAGGAUCCACACAGCUUGUUGCGGGAGAACAGAGCGACCAACAGGCGAUCCGAAAAAGCAGCUUGUUGAUGGCACUGCGCACCGGGAGGACUUGGUUCGGGCAGGUUUUGCGCAGGGUCUCUCGUCUACAGGGCUCUUGGUCCAGGCGAUCCAGCAGUCUGCUGUGUCUCUCCGCGAACCAGGAGCAGGAUCAAGGGCUCUGCCACCGGGACCACUACAAGGCGGGGGACUUCGGCGCUCCCCGUCCCCACGGCGGGCGCUGCCCGCGCGGCUUCCCCUACGCCUGCUGCGCCUUCCCGGGUCACCCGAGGGGACAUGAGACCCUCGGCCGCCGCUUCCUGUUGGCCAUGAAGCGGCAAAACGUGCGGACCCUGUCGCUCAUCGUUUGCACGUUCACGUACCUGCUGGUGGGGGCCGCCGUGUUCGACGCCCUGGAGUCCGAGUUCGAGAUGCGCGAGAAGGAGCAGCUGGAGGCCGAGGAGAAGCGGCUGCAGGGGAAGUACAACAUCAGCGAGGACGAUUACCGCAAGCUGGAGAGCAUCAUCAUGGAGGCCGAGCCGCACCGGGCCGGGGUGCAGUGGAAAUUUGCGGGCUCUUUUUACUUUGCCAUCACGGUCAUAACCACCAUAGGCUAUGGGCAUGCAGCGCCUGGGACCGAUGCGGGGAAGGCCUUCUGCAUGUUUUACGCCGUCCUCGGAAUCCCUUUGACCCUCGUCAUGUUCCAGAGCCUGGGCGAGAGGAUGAACACGUUCGUCAAGUACCUCCUGAAACGCAUCAAGAAGUGCUGCGGAAUGCGCAUCACGGAUGUGUCCAUGGAGAACAUGGUGACGGUGGGAUUUUUCUCCUGCAUCGGCACGCUGUGCAUUGGCGCCGCCGCGUUCUCCCACUACGAGGACUGGAGCUUCUUCCAGUCGUACUAUUACUGUUUCAUCACGCUAACGACAAUAGGCUUCGGAGACUUCGUGGCCCUUCAAAAGAACCGGGCCCUCCAGAAGAAGCCCCUGUACGUGGCCUUUAGCUUCAUGUAUAUCCUGGUGGGUCUGACGGUCAUCGGCGCAUUCCUCAACCUGGUGGUUCUCCGCUUCCUGACUAUGAACAGCGAGGACGAGCGGCGGGACGCCGAGGAACGUGCCUCACUCGCCGGCAACCGCAACAGCAUGAUCAUCCACAUCCAGGACGAGUCGCUGCAGAGGAGCCGGCGGCGGCGGAAGCCGUACAGGACGGAGGUGUCGGACCUGCAGUCGGUGUGCCCGUGCAUGCACUACCGUUCGCACGACUACGGCAGCUCUGGAGGCGGGAUCGGAGGCCUGGGUUGUGCCUUUUCGCAUCAGAACUCCUUCGGCUCGCAGCUGAACCCCAGUCAGUACUUUCGGUCGGUCUCCUACAGGAUCGAGGAGAUCUCGCCCAGCACCUUGAAGAACAGCCUCCUCCCGUCGCCCGUCAGUUCAGUUUCUCCCGGCCUUCACAGCUUCACGGACAAUCACCAGCUCAUGAGGAGGAGGAAGUCCAUCUGAGACUCGACGCUCACCGGACCAGUGAGUUGGUCACGUUUUAUACACAAGGUCAAACAUUUUCAAUGCUGCUCUUGACCAAGAUUUUUAUUUUAGCACCUUUUACCUUCCCCUACCCCCACUUCCACCAGUUUGGUUGUACGUACUUGCUGCGAACGGAUAAGAGAGACUGGACGGAACAGCAAGACUGGACCCGAACAGGAUGCAAAGCAUGAAGCAUGGAUGUCUAUUUUUUCAAGAAUUACUUAAUUUAAAGAGAUGCGACACAAACUACAAGACCUUACUUAUUACAGAUUUACACAAUAAAAUGAAUACAUGAACUUUGGUCACAUACUCAGUGAAUGCACACGGGGAGAAAUGCUAUUUUUCAAAGGGAGUUUGCUUGUUUCACUUUAACUUGAAGAGAUAUUUGUUAUGUAUUAUCCCAUUGCCUCGCUGCAGACAGAGAAUUCAAGAAUGAUCUAAAGCAUCAGGUAUUAUUUUCUAUAAAGCAAUCAUUUACUCUAAUGGUUUCACCUCACGUUAAGCCAAAAUAUUGUUGCCAAUAUUAGCAUGUGACUUGGAUGUCAUUUCCUUAGUAGUGCGCCAUGGGUUUGUGACCUUUAGUCUUUUUUUCCCCCAUGGUUUCUGUGUAAGUGUCUUUUGUGUGUGAAUCAAAGGAUCAUACUGCUGGUAUUGAUACUUCCUGCUGAUCUACAAACACUGAGUUGAAACUCAAUAGCUUUAACUUCACCUGUAGCCUUUUGACGUACAUAGUGACCAGAAGGGAACCACAACAACAACAUUUUGACAGUUUUCUAGUUUCUCCCCAUCAGAACAGUUGAUUUUUUUUAUUAUUAUUAUUAUUAUUAUUAUUAUUUCACAGACAUUCAUAACAUCUUAAUGAAUAUUUAGUAUCAUAUUGGCUAUUGGCUCAAAGCUUGAAAGUCUUGGUUUCAGAUCUUGGCUUGCUGGAAGUCCGCACCUUGAAUGCAUAGGUUGGCAUGAUGUACUUCCACUUCCAGUCAAAGUCCAAAAACAUGCAUGUCGGUUUAGUUUAGCUCAAAUUAAUACCCAAGUGUGAGUUGGAGGCUGUUUAUUGGCUGUUUGUUAUGGGUUCCCAUAAAACUAGAAAACUCCUGAAUUAAAGAAAACCCAAUUUGGAUUUUUGUUUCCCAAAAAAACUUUCUCAUGGAUCAAAUAUGAAUCAAUUCAGGUCUUAUUUGAGUUCACACCACAGCGACAAAUUAUGGAUUCGAUCCAUCAAACCGGGUUAGGUUGUCAACUCCCUUAAACGGGUUACUCACUAAUGUCUAAUGUCUAGGCUAGCAGUGAGCUGAUUGAAAACUAUGUGUUUGGGUAAAAAUGUUGAACUACAACAAGCUUGAGGUCAUUUUGCCCUUUCACCAAUUUCAACCUGCAUUUGUGUUUGUAACACUAGUUUAUACCACUAUGCCUAACAUUUUGUCAUUACGGUAGUUUAUACAUGUACUUAACACAGUGUUUAUUUCUGUUGCUUUUGGUUGGAUAUUUUGUUAUACUCGUGAAAAUGGGUGGAAAAAAAGUUUCUAAAGUGGAUCCAGAUUUUCACAUUUGUUCUGACUGAAGAAGCAUAAAACAUUAACUGCCACAAACGCUCUUCAAAAAUCUCAUUGGCAGACUGCAGCAGUUCAUACAUUAAAACCUGUGUAUGAAAUGGCCCAAAUUGGAAAGGUUUGUGUUUAAUGAGACUUUUAUUGACAAUCAGUUCAAUUUGGGUUACAAAGUUAAUACUCAGUAUGUAAUAUUUUCUAGAAUAUUGCCUUCCUAUUUUGGCUUUUCAACCAAUUCUUUGGUCAAGGUGUGAAUUUUGAACCUAGCUUGCACCAGCUCCUGCUAGCUACUUUGCUAGUGAAGGCUAAUGAAGCCUGAAGGGAGGAAACUUGUUCUCUAGUGUGAACUAAAGCCAUGAACACUACACACUGACAGGAAUAACAUUAUGAAGCAGCUCUGUCAUGUCUUAUUUCAACCUGAUGAAUAGGUCCAAUCAGACCAGUCAGGAUGUUAUUUUAUGUUCAUACUGGCAUUUUGUGAAGAAUGGUUUAAUAUUAAGUCAGAGGUUUUGUCAUAACUACUUAGAUUGCCAAACAGCAUCAAUUCAGCAUUUUGGUGAAAGUAAUAACCCAGCAGUUUUUUUGUUUUAAAAGAUUAAGUGGGUGCGAAGAAUAAAUAAAUGCCUUAGGAUGGUUGACGUGUCA